AAUGCUCAGAAGUGUCAGAUGCGUGACCCGUGAAUUUGAUUCUCGUCAAGGGCUGGAAGAUUACCGGAACGUCGCAGAUGCCGUCAACAUGGUCGGUUCAAAAUGGAUGAAUCUUAUUGUCAUACUUGCUUUGCUGCUCGUCACGAACGGUCUUUCCACAAGUGAGGGCGAGCGACAGAGCACAAUUUCCAACGGCACAGAUAAUGGCAUUUCAGAUCGCUUCACUUCGGAAUUACCUUCGCAAAUUUUUCCCAAGAGGAGAAGGAAGUCUUCCCACCAGAUUCAGAUUCCAAGCCGUGACAUGGACAUCAUCUUGGCAGCAUCGAAUGAAAAGACAAGAAAAAGAAUUUUGCGCCUGGCAGUUUUCGCUGACAUGUCCUUAGUGAACCACAUUUCUAUAAUGAAUCCUGAAAACCCCCUCGCUGGGACCUACGACUAUAUUAUCACGGGUGUUUCUGCGAUCGAGUCUCUGUUGCAAGAAGCAACGGACAGUGACUUAACCAUAGAGAUUUCGUUAGUUCAUAUCGGGGUGUGGUCGGAACUAGCAGAGCAGCCUCUUCGGAAAGAUGCAAAUGCAGGCGGCACUCUCCUAAAUUUUUGUAAUUGGGCAUCCAGAGCUAAUUCUGCCAGGGAUACUGCUGGGUAUUGGCAUCAUGCCAUGCUGCUGACAAGGAAAGAAGUUUUCAGCAUAACAGCAGAGACCAUAGGCACAACAUUCUUGGGCGGUGCCUGUUUUCCUGGAAAGGCUUGCUCCUUGGUGGAAGCACAUUCCUUCCAGGCAGUUCAUAUAGCUGCCCAUGAAAUUGCUCAUUCCUUGGGUGUUCCUCAUGAUGGGAGAGAGGGAGCCGUGAGUUGUCCUUCAUCUGGUUAUAUUAUGGGAGAGGCUAUCACUGAAGAGAGUCUGACAUGGUCUAACUGCUCAAGGAGAGCAUUCAGACAAAUUUUAUUAGAGCACCAGUGUUUGGAGACUAAUGACCAGGGAAUCGGUACCAUUUCUGUAAAUCGUAUGGCUGAUGGAAUGCAGACUGAGCCUGCUAGGUUUCCUGAGCUGGACCAUAACCUUGGGGGACUCCCAGGUCAACGAUAUCCAGCUGAUGCACAGUGCCAGCUAGCAUUUGGCCAAGAUUACAAAGCCAUUCCAUCAAAAACAAAUGUGUGCCAUUAUCUGACAUGUUCAAAUGGUGUGAUCACCCAAGGGGCACACCCUGCUCUUCCAGGAACUUCAUGUGGGGAGAAUCUAGUUUGCAGCGGUGGUAGUUGUUCUGGUAUGUUAACUCCUACUGCACCCCCAGCUCCUGAAGUACCGCCAACUAUUUCCCCAUGGCCACCUACUGGGUUACCAUCUCCUCCUACAAACAUACCUUCUCCCCCUCCUAAUGUACCAUCACCUCCUGGUUCUGUCCCAUGGCCACCUACAAAUGUACCAUCGCCUCCUGGUUCUGUACCAUGGCCACCUACAAAUGUACCAUCGCCUCCUGGUUCUGUACCAUGGCCACCUACAAAUGUACCAUCGCCUCCUGGUUCUGUUCCAUGGCCACCUACAAAUGUACCAUCACCUCCUGGAUCUAUACCAUGGCCACCUACAAAUGUACCAUCACCUCCUGGCUCUGUGCCCUGGCCACCUACAAAUGUGCCAUCACCUCCUGGUUCUAUACCAUGGCCACCUACAAAUGUGCCAUCACCUCCUGGUUCUGUACCAUGGCCACCUACAAAUGUGCCAUCACCUCCUGGUUCUACACCAUGGCCACCUACAAAUGUGCCAUCACCUCCUGGUUCUGUACCAUGGCCACCUACAAAUGUGCCAUCACCUCCUGGUUCUACACCAUGGCCACCUACAAAUGUGCCAUCACCUCCUGGUUCUAUACCAUGGCCACCUACACAUGUGCCAUCACCUCCUGGUUCUAUACCAUGGCCACCUACAAAUGUACCAUCGCCUCCUGGUUCUGUACCAUCACCUCCUGGUUCUAUACCAUGGCCACCUACAAAUGUACCAUCGCCUCCUGGUUCUGUACCAUCACCUCCUGGUUCUAUACCAUGGCCACCUACAAAUGUACCAUCGCCUCCUGGUUCUGUACCAUCACCUCCUGGUUCUGUACCAUGGCCACCUACACAUGUGCCAUCACCUCCUGGUUCUAUACCAUGGCCACCUACAAAUGUACCAUCACCUCCUGGUUCUGUACCAUGGCCACCUACACAUGUGCCAUCACCUCCUGGUUCUAUACCAUGGCCACCUACAAAUGUGCCAUCACCUCCUGGUACUGUACCGUCACCUCCUGGUUCUAUACCAUGGCCACCUGCAAAUAUACCAAUACCACCUGGUACUAUACCAUCGCCGCCAACUAAUAUACCAUGGCCACCUGCAAAUGUACCAUCACCUCCUGAAACUCGGCCACCACCACCCACAAAUCUUCCAUGGCCUCCAACAAACUUACCAUCCCCUCCCGGUGGUUCACCAUCUCCACCAUCAAUUAUACCCUGGCCAUUUCCACCUAUAAAUUUACCCUCCCCACCUGGAAGUAACAUACCAUCACUUUUCCCUCCAAAUAUAUUUCCAGGUCUAUUCAACUCCAUCCUUGGCCAUCCUAUUCCACCUUACCUCAGUGGUCCCAAAAGUAAUGCCGUAUGGCCAUCCACUCAGUCAAGUACUGGUGCCAAUAGUAGUCCUCAUCCAGGAACUAAUGUGCCAGUUGCAACACCCGAAGCAAAUCUGGCUGCUUUCAGUGAUCUCUUCUCAGGUUCUUUCCUCUUGAACUUAAUAACACAAAUUCCUCCCGGAUUACGCUGCGUCUUUUUACCCUUGUUCCUUCAUCCAUUCUUUGGCUGUCCAAGAACAAAUAAUGGAUUUAAUUACUUGAUGCUACAGGCAGUUUAUGAAGCACAAGCCCUGAACCAAGCCUACCUGUUUUCCACACCUGUGCCUAAUUUAACAAGCGCUAUAUCAAAUGUUUCAGAAAAAGGAUCAGAUAGUGUGGCUGGGAUGAUUUCAAGUAAGGCCUAUGAGAAUAUGAUCAAGGGAAGCACAUUCGAGUCAUCAGGAUUGUGGACACCCACCGAUACCGAACACCAGAAACACCCAGUGCGUGAUACCGGAGAAAACCCAUCAGGGAAUGCAAAGCCUUCGCAACAGGUCACUCAUGAAAAGUCUAAUGUUUGGUAUCAUGAUGAUCACUUGCAAGCUUCAAGUUCUGACAAGGCUUUGAAUUACUUGAAGGAUUUACCGAACAUGGUUUCUUCUGAAGAUAUUCAGACUCCACUCUCACGGGAAGAUGACGAUCACAAAGGUCACUUAAACACAACUGGUAUAAUCAGUCAUUCUUCUCAGAACAGAAGCAGACCAGAGAUGACCAAGUACCACACACCACAGGAGGAGGCUGGUAUUGAAUAUCUUCCAUUGAAUAAUGAAAACGACAUUGAAGUGAGAUCAGAAAAAGAUGAAGUUAGUGAAAGAAAUGCAACUUCAUUGUUGAUAAGAAAGCAAAUACAGAUUCCUGAUCAAACAACUGCUAAGGGAAACAACAUACAGACACCAUUUACAAAUACUAGUAUUAAUGAUGAGUUUUCAGGCAUUUCUCAACACACUACGACUGGUAAUGGAACACUUAGUAAUGAUAACCAGUUGCUAAAUGAUCUACAAAGAUUUUUGUACAACUUGGGCUUUAGUGAUACUGUAACAAACCAGACUCAAACUUCCAAAGAUAAAGCCAGCCAAACCAUGAUUGCUAACAGGAUGAUAGAGCUUUUAAGGGCAAACCUUCAUGAAACAAAUUUAUUGAAUAAGACUUUGAAUUUUACACAGACUUAUCGUGACAUGAACCAGAUCAUGGAUCAGAAUGUUCUCAGAAGAAGGCUUAGCCCUAGUUUUCCAAGGCUAAACAAAGAUUUUAUCACUUCUCCAAACACAAGUCUUGUAGAAAACAUUUUGGAUGACGGCGCUAUUUUCUCCAUGAAAGAUAGCUCUGACCUACAGUUUAAACACCCAAACCUUUAUCCUCUUCAGUUACAUAGAAAUCCCCCAACUGAAGAAUUAAUGGAAAUGAAUACUGAUGGGUCUACGGCUAAUGAGACAGCAAACCAAAAUGUGAAUAACACUGCCUCGUGGAACAAUGCCACAGAUAGUGGAAGGAUAGUGUUUUUGAGAUCCUCACCGCUCCAAGAUCCUAUAAUGGCUGUUACAGCACCAUCUUAUCUCCGGGUUGUGAAGGUCACUCCUUGCAGCAGGUCUUGUGGAAGUGGAACCAGGAUUACAAGUCAGAUAUGUGUUUCAGGUAGCGAACCUGAUAAAGAAGUUCCAUCAAGCUUCUGUGAUGGAUUACCAAACAGCAUUCCUCCUUACACUGAAUCAUGUAACACUUUCCCCUGUCACACUCCCGAAUGGAUUGUUAAAUCAUGGGGUCACUGUUCAGAGUGGUGUGACACUGGCGUACAACAUCGUCAAGUCGACUGUGCAGUUCCAGUGUUGGAUUCAGGCUCUGCCCUUGCUGCAGCUCUUUAUCUACAUCAUGAACAUUGUCAAAAGCAAAAGCCAGUCACAGUAAGGCUCUGUCAAGGUCCUUGUUUACCAGUGAACUGUCAGGUUCCUGAGAAUAGGUUUCACCCAGGAUGCCUACAUUUGCUUCAUGAUGUAAUCCUUGAGAGGGAUCAUCAUAUCAUGACCAGAACCCGAAUACUUUUAGAUGAACAGUCUGAAGCAUAAUUACUUCAGCUGUAAGCAUGGCCAGUCAAAGUUUUGCACGUUUUAUCUAGAAUUUUCUGCUACGCGAGUAGAAAGACCAUCUUUCAUUAUAAAGGGUAUGUAAAAAGUACAAAUAUUAAGGUAGUAGUAAUUGUGCCAAGUUCUUAGGUCUUGUUAGCCAUAUGCAUUAAGGAGAGUUAAAUUUAAUAUAAUAACAAUAUACAUUAUGAUACCAUUCUACUUAAAUUGGAAUGGAAUCACUUCCUUCUAAACUGGUA